AUGUUAGCAUCACAACAACCAUCAAAUAAUAAUAAUAAUAGUAACAACAAUAAUAAUAAUAAUAAUAGUCAAAAUGUAGCAUCAUCUUCCUUUUUACCAAUUAAUGGGCCAACAAGUAAUAGUAGUAGUAGUAUCUUAUCAUCACCCUUGACUAGUACUACUACAACAACAACAACAUCAACAAGUUCAAAUAAUAAUAUUAGUAAUUUAUUAAACCCAACCAAUUCAAUAUUUAAUAAUGGAUUUAAAGAUUAUAUUGAUAGUAAGAGAUUCUCUGAUGUAAAGUUGAUAUAUGGAUCUAAAAUGUACGAUACACAUCGUAUCAUCUUGGCGUACAGUUCAGAGUUUUUCAAGAGAUUGUUGUCGUCAGAGUUUAGAGAGGCUAGUCAAGCAGUCAUCACUCUUCGUCAGCCAGACCCAUACAACAUAUUCCCUCAAGUACUCUCGUUUAUGUAUGAUGGUCGUGUUUGGAUGUCACCAGACAAUGUCGUUCCUCUCUUGGCAAUGGCCGAUCACUAUCUAAUCCAUGCACUUCAAUCUCUAUGCAACAAAUAUCUCGACACCAAUCUAAACAGAGAAAGUGUAGUCUCUAUCCUUCGUACUUCCAUCUCUUUUCAUUUUGACUUUAUCAUUGAUAAAUGUAUUGGUAUCAUUGCAAAGAAUUUUCCUUAUAUUUGUGAACAACAACAAUUAUUUAAAUCAAACAAUAAUAAUAAUAAUAAUAACAGUAAUAAUAAUAGUAAUACAAAUAAUAAUAGUCAUAAUAAUAGUACAGAGAAUCUAAAUAAUAAUGAUUUUGAUUUAAUGUUUUUACCAUCAUCAAUAUUUAUAACUUUACUUAAACAUCCUUAUUUGGUUGUAAAGAAUGAAUAUACAUUAUAUCAAAUAGUAAUUAAUUUUAUUAAAUAUAAACAACAAGAACAACAACAACAAACCGACAACACUACCAACAAUAAUAAUAAUAAUAAUAAUAAUACACCAAACGAAACAAAUAAUAAUAAUAAUUGUAUAAUAGAUAAUAAUAAUAUUAAUGAAUUAAUGUCACAUAUAAGAUAUAUCUGGAUGACAUAUGAUCAAUUAAUAGAAAUAUCAAGCAAUCCACUGGUACCAAGAGAUAUCCUAAUUGAAACAUUUAUGGAACGUUUAAAGAAAUACGAAUCUUCUUCAUCAACAUCAUCAACCAUUUCAAAUAUCCCUUUACUAUCAGUUACUAAUACUAUCAAUAAUAAUAACAAUCAUACCGAUCAACAACAAAAUAAUACCGAUUCUACUAAUAAUAAUAAUAAUAAUAAUAAUUUUAACAAGUACCCUAUCACUAAUACUAGAUUCUUACCCAGACCACCACAGUCAAUACCUUUUGAAUAUAAUCAUGAUUUUGAUCAAAAGGGAAUUUUAUAUUGGAUUGCAACUAAUUGUUAUAGAGAGAAAUGGGCAAACCCUCAUACUUCUUUAAGAAUUAAAAUUACAUCAUCUAGUAUUGAUAAAGGAAAUUUACAAGAUGUAGUUGAAUUGGCACCAUUUGAAUUUUGGACAAAGGAUGUACCAGCAUCUUGGGUGACUAUAGAUUUGGGUCCAAAUCGAUCAGUCAUUCCAAUGUGUUAUACAAUUAGACAUGGUCUCAGUUUUAAAUCAGACAGUCUUAGAACAUGGGAUUUCCAAGGAUCGACAAAUGGUGAGCAAUGGACUGUACUGAAACGUCACACAAACGACUCUUCACUUAAUUUGAAAUACGCUACUCAUACAUGGAACAUUCCAAAUGUCACUGCUGCCUAUCGUUAUUUCCGUAUCCUUCAAACUGGAAAGAACUCAAACAAUCGAAACUUUUUGGUGAUUGGUGGUAUCGAACUUUAUGGUGAAUUAUUACAAAGUAAUAAUGUUAUCAACAAUGACAACACAACUACGACGAAAAGCCCGAUCAAAUGGAUUCAAGAAUAA